GAGCGGCCGGAAUAAGGCCGUUGCGAGGCGGUCGGUUCCAAGUGGGCCGAGGUGCCGGGGGGGAAGAGCGCCUGUGCGCUGGGACCGCGGGGCGUUGUGGGCACCAGACCUCGAAUCCCAGCCAAGCCUGCUAGAAGCGGCCUGGCCCAGUGGAACGGCGGGACUGACCUGUGCCUAGACCCCAUCUCGGCACGUUGAGCCUCCUUCGAAUCACUGGUGUCCCCUCCGGCGCGUUCCUGGAGCGACUUUCUUGAGCGGAAGUCAGCCUGCGGCUCGGGCUCUGGAGGGACCUGCUCGGAGGAAUGGCGCCGCCGGGUUCAAGCACUGUCUUCCUGUUGGCCUUGACAAUCAUAGCCAGCAUCCAAGCUCUGACACCCACUCACUACCUCACCAAGCAUGAUGUAGAAAGACUGAAAGCCUCACUGGACCGCCCUUUCACAAGUUUGGAAUCUGCUUUCUACUCCAUCGUGGGACUCAGCAGCCUUGGGGCCCAGGUGCCAGAUGUAAAGAAAGCAUGUGCCUUCAUUAAAUCAAACCUUGACUCCAGCAACGUGGAUUCCCUUUUCUAUGCCGCCCAGUCCAGCCAUGCCCUCUCAGGGUGUGAGAUCUCCAUUUCCAAUGAAACCAAAGAUUUGCUUCUGGCAGCUGUCAGUGAAGAUUCGUCCGUUACCCAGAUCUACCACGCGGUUGCAGCCCUCAGUGGCUUUGGCCUGCCCCUGGCCUCCCAAGAAGCACUUGGUGCCCUCACCGCUCGGCUCGGCAAGGAAGAGACUGUGCUCGCGACAGUCCAGGCUCUGCAGACUGCAUCUUACCUGUCCCAGCAGGCUGACUUGAGGAGCAUUGUGGAGGAGAUUGAGGACCUUGUUGCACGCCUGGAUGAACUGGGAGGUAUGUAUCUCCAGUUUGAAGAAGGACUGGAAACAACAGCCUUGUUUGUGGCUGCCACCUACAAGCUCAUGGACCAUGUGGGGACUGAGCCAUCUAUUAAGGAGGAUCAGGUCAUCCAGCUAAUGAAUGCGAUCUUCAGUAAGAAGAACUUCGAGUCACUCUCAGAAGCCUUCAGUGUCGCCUCUGCUGCUGCUGCGCUCUCCCAGAAUCGCUACCACGUGCCAGUUGUGGUGGUGCCUGAGGGCUCUCCUGCCGACACUCACGAGCAGGCUGUCCUUCGGUUGCAAGUUACCAAUGUUCUGUCCCAGCCUCUGACUCAGGCCACUGUUAUACUAGAACAUGCUAAAUCUGUUGCUUCCAGAUCCAUUGUCCUCCAGAAGACAUCUUUCAGUCCCGUACGGGAUAUUUUUGAACUAAACUUCAUGAAUGUCAAGUUUUCCAGUGGUUAUUAUGACUUCUCUGUCAAAGUCGAAGGUGAUAGCCGUUAUAUUGCAAAUACUGUAGAGCUUAGAGUCAAGAUCUCUACUGAAGUCGGCAUCACAAAUGUCGAUCUCUCUACUGUAGAUAAGGAUCAGAGUAUUGCACCAAAAACCACCCGGGUGACCUACCCAGCCAAAGCCAAGGGCACAUUCAUCGCUGACAGCCACCAGAACUUUGCUUUGUUCUUCCAACUGGUAGACGUGAACACUGGUACUGAACUCACCCCUCACCAGACAUUCGUCCGACUUCAUAACCAGAAGACUGGACAGGAAGUGGUGUUUGUUGCUGAGCCGGACAGCAAGAAUGUUUACAAGUUUGAGCUGGACACCUCUGAGAGAAAGAUCGAAUUCGACUCUGCAUCUGGCACCUACACUCUCUACUUGAUCAUUGGGGAUGCCACUUUGAAGAAUCCAAUCCUUUGGAAUGUGGCUGAUGUGAUCAUCAAGUUCCCAGAAGAAGAUGCUCCGUCCACUGUCCUGUCCAAGAAUCUUUUCACCCCUAAGCAGGAGAUUCAGCACCUGUUCCGAGAGCCUGAGAAGAGGCCCCCUACAGUGGUGUCCAAUACUUUCACUGCUCUCAUCCUCUCGCCCUUGCUUCUGCUCUUUGCUCUGUGGAUCCGGAUUGGUGCCAAUGUCUCCAACUUCACUUUUGCUCCUAGCACAAUUAUCUUUCACCUGGGACAUGCUGCUAUGUUGGGGCUCAUGUAUGUCUACUGGACUCAGCUCAACAUGUUCCAGACCUUGAAGUAUCUGGCCAUCUUGGGCAGUGUGACGUUUCUGGCUGGUAACCGGAUGCUGGCCCACCAGGCAGUCAAGAGGAUCGCUGCAGAGCAGAGCAGUAGAUUGGCAAAAUAUAGGACUCUACGAACAGCACAUUAAUUCCUGAAGAAGGAAGGAAAUUCUGAAAGCUGAAAUGAGUAUCAAGAAAAGAAGUCAAAACAAUUCACAGUUUAAAAAGAGGAAUGAAAAAAGAACUUUAUUUAAAGAGAAAAAAAAGUCAGAAUUGUAGUUAUACUUUGACUUGUUGUUUUUCUAUUUCCCGAACAUGGGGCAGGUAAUUGUGAGUGCAGAUAGUCUUUUUUUUUUUUUUUUUUUGGCAUAGAUACCCUAGCAAGAUGCUGUGAAUAUUUCCAACUUAGCCAGAUACUGAAUUUAAAAAGUUGAACUGUGUAUUAAUCUGUUUUGGAAUAAAGAGAAUAAUGGGAACAAAGGACUGAUUGGACAUUUGC